CCAUCUUUUCUUCAAAAUAUAUUCCUUUCAGCCAAAUCUCAAAAGUCUCUUUUGAUCAAUGGCUUCUCAUGCUAUGUCUCUCCAAUCCAUCUCUACGACAACUCUCAACGACCUCUCCUGUAGUCACCAAUCUCAUCGUAGCUCUCUUCUCAGUUUCUAUAAACCUUUCCAGAUUCUUGGGAUCUCAUCCAACGUUCAAGAUUUCUCCUCUCGUUCAACUUCCACUCCCAAGAACCUCUCACUAUCUCAAGCUCUCUCCAAGAACUCUGGAGACACCGAACAUUCCAGACCAAGUAAAGUUCAAGAACUGAACGUGUACGAGAUCAACGAACUAGACCGACACAGUCCAAAAAUCCUAAAAAACGUAAUGAGCUUAAAGUUCCGUCUCGGCGAUCUCGUCCCAUUCACCAACAAACUCUACACCGCAGACCUCAAGAAGCGCGUGGGAAUCACCGCUGGUCUCUGCGUCGUGAUCCAACACGUCCCGGAGAAGAAAGGUGAUCGGUUCGAAGCUACUUACAGCUUCUACUUCGGCGACUACGGUCACUUGUCCGUACAAGGACCGUACCUGACCUACGAGGAAUCGUUCCUCGCCAUUACUGGUGGCACUGGAAUCUUUGAAGGUGCCUACGGACAGGUCAAACUUCAACAGCUCGUUUAUCCGACAAAACUCUUCUACACUUUCUACCUUAAGGGUCUUGCUUGUGAUUUACCGGUGGAGCUCACCGGAACUCCUGUUCCUCCGUCGAAGGACGUGAAGCCUGCUCCGGAAGCUAAGGCAUUGAAACCUAGCGGAAUUAUUAGUAACUUUACCAAUUAAAUUCAGUAA